GCCCCCCAGCUGGCCCGCCCCCUCCCCCUCUGGUGACAGAAAGUCGGCCCAGCAGAUGAGGAAGUGGCAGGCAGGCUGGCCCCGGGGACUUGUCUCUGGCCCUGCUCCCUCCGAGCCUUCCACUGCUGCCUGCCUGGCCCCAUACUGAGUCUUCAGCCAGGAUGGAGGCUGUUGUGAACUUGUACCAGGAGAUGAUGAAGUGUGCAGAUCCCCGGAUCCAGGGCUACCCUCUGAUGGGGUCUCCCCUGCUAAUGACCUCCAUCCUCCUGACUUAUGUGUACUUCGUUCUCUCACUUGGACCUCGAAUCAUGGCCAAUCGGAAGCCCUUCCAGCUCCGCAGCUUCAUGAUCGUCUACAACUUCUCACUAGUGGCCCUCUCCCUCUACAUUGUCUAUGAGUUCCUGAUGUCUGGCUGGCUGAGUACCUACACCUGGCGCUGUGACCCUGUAGACUAUUCCAACAACCCCGAGGCACUGAGGAUGGUUCGAGUGGCCUGGCUUUUCCUCUUUUCCAAGUUCAUUGAGCUGAUGGACACGGUGAUCUUUAUUCUUCGGAAAAAAGAUGGACAGGUGACCUUCCUACAUGUCUUCCACCACUCAGUUCUUCCCUGGAGCUGGUGGUGGGGGGUCAAAAUUGCGCCAGGAGGAAUGGGCUCUUUCCACGCCAUGAUAAAUUCCUCUGUGCAUGUCGUCAUGUACCUGUACUAUGGAUUGUCUGCCAUCGGCCCUGCGGCUCAGCCCUACCUUUGGUGGAAAAAGCACAUGACAGCCAUCCAGCUGAUCCAGUUUGUCCUGGUCUCACUGCACAUCUCCCAAUACUACUUCAUGCCCAGCUGUAACUACCAAUAUCCGGUCAUCAUCCACCUCAUCUGGAUGUAUGGUACCAUCUUCUUCGGUCUCUUCUCCAAUUUCUGGUAUCAGUCUUACACCAAAGGCAAGCGGCUGCCACGUGUACUUCAGCAAAAUGGAGUUCCAGGUACCGCCAAGGUCAAGGCCAAUUGAGAAACAUGGCCUAGCUAGGCGCCCACCUAAGUGCCUCAGGACUGCACCUUGGGCAGCAUCCAUCAGUGUCCUCCCCACCUACACCUGUGACCAGGGCUUAUGUGGUCAGGACUGAGCAGGGGACAGGCCCUCCCCUCCCCACAGCUGGUACACAGGGACCACUGCUUCCGUUCCUCACCUACUUCUGGCCAGCCCCAGGGACAUGGCCUCAUUGCCCUCUGCCACUCCAGAGCUGGGGACUGAAAGGGCUGGACACUUACUUCCCCCUCUCUGCCUUAAACUUGGGAGAGGAGCACUCAGGGCUGGCCCCGACCAGGGUCUUGUGGCCUUUUUCCUCACACUAAAGAGGUCAGCAAUAAUCUGUCACUGUGGACUCAGGCUCUCUCCUUCUCCACCCACACUGAAGCAGGAGCUUCUUGGCCAAAGGUCAGGGUGGGUGAGGGGCCUGGAAAUACAGCCUGUGGAGGCUGCUCACUCACUCACUUAUGUCUUCAUUAAAAGUGACAGAGGAAACCACCAA